AUGACGCUGCGGCUGGCGGCCUUGCAGCUCAUCGCCAUCGCGCCCGCCCGCUGCUACCACACUGAGCUUCAUCAUCUCGGACCGCGGCGCCUUCUCGGACCGCUCCGGGCCGCCGUCGUCGCGACCGAGGAGGACCGGUCAGAGGCGGUGCCGACAGCCGCUACCGGGCGCGGCUUUGGCUCCGCGGACGGCGGCGCACGUGGCUUCGGCGAGUGGCAGGAGGAGGACGAGGACGAGGAUGAGGAGAUUGACAGCGGCAUGACUCCGGAGCAGCGCCGCGCGUGGCGGCGCACCGUGAUGACGCGGUGGGCCAAGCUCGUGCAGGAGAAGGGCGGCGACGCGGGCGCGGAGGGCGGAGAGGUGGUCGCCGCGUUCGACCGCGUCUCGCUCCGCCUCGGCGAGCGCCUCGUCCUCGCGCCACAGUCGUGGGCCGUGCGGCGCGGGCAGCGACUCGGCGUGCUCGGCGAGUCAGGCUGCUCGUACUCGGACUUUCUGCGCCGCGCCGCGCUGCAGCGCGAGGCCAUGGAGCAGGUGCUCCUCCUCGUCGGCGCGAACGGCGCCGGCAAGUCGACCCUGCUGCGUGUGGCGGCGGGCGAGUGGCCGCUGCUGGCGGGCGAGGUGGCGCGGAAUUGCGACGACGCGGCGCACCGCGUGAGCGGUGGAGCGUCGGCGUGGGAGUGGAUCUGCGGCGAGGCGGCCGGAUUGGGCGAGGGGGCGGUGCGGCGCGCGUUGCGUCAGAUGGGCUUCCCGGCCACCGCGCAGCGCAAGCCCGUCUCAGCCCUGUCUGGCGGCGAGCGCACGCGUCUGUGCAUCGCGUCGAUGCUCCUCUCGCGCGCGAACUUGCUCGUGCUGGACGAGCCGACCAACCACCUCGACUUGCGCGCGCGAGAGUACUUGGGCGACGCGCUCCGGUCGUUCGACGGCGCGGUGCUCCUCGUCUCGCACGACCGCGCCUUUGCCGCGCACGUCGCCACGCGGGCUGUAUUCGUAUCGCUGUCUAUGCGCCGCAUGCACGGCAUGAUGCACCGUACUCGCACCCUGACCUUCGCGUCUUCGCAACGCAAGGUGGCCGAGCUGCGCGGCGGGCGGCUUCACGCCGAGCAGGGCGACUACCGCGCGUACAUCGAGCGACGCGACGAGCUGCGCGCGCGGAUCGACCGCCGCGCCGUGUCCGCGGGGUUGCCGGCCGAAGGAGGCGAGCGCGGCGGCACAGACGGAGCCUCGUCCGAUCGCCCGUCCAAGCGGGCUGCCCGGCGGCGGCGGUCCUCGAGGUGA